AUGGAGUUAAGCAGUGCUGAAGCUUCAGUCCCGGCUGCCGCGCCCACCCCAAAACCUCAGCCGUCCAUAUACCACGGCGCCCCCCACAGUCUGCUUGAAUGGCGUCGGAGGGUCAGGUCCGAGUACAUGCGCCUUCGCCAGCUGAAGCGCCUAAAGAAAGCAGAGGAGGUCAAGGCUGUGUUUGUGUCCAACCGGCUUAAAAUUGAGAAGCAGACGGACAUCCUGAAUGAGGAAUGGUCCAAGCUGAGGGUCCAGUCAGUGCCGUUGUCGAGUUCAGGCGGCCCUGUUGCAGCAAAGAAGAUGUGCACUGUAGAAUCCGGCUUCCUAGGCUUCAAAGUUCAGGCCGUCACCAUGAGACCACUGUCGACGGUGACGGGAAUCCCCUUCAUGUACUCCUGGUCGCCUCUGCAGCACAACUUUAUGGUGGAGGAUGAGACGUUUCUACACAACAUUCCCUACAUGGGUGACGAGGUGUUGGAGCAAGAUGAAGCAUUCCUGGAGGAACUGAUUGACAACUACGAUGGCGUCCAUGGCGACAGAGAAGGGGGAUUCAUCAACGACGAGAUUUUUAAGGAGCUGGUCGAGGCUUUAAGUCUGUACUCGGACCAUGAAGAGGACGAAGAGGAGGAAGCGGCGACUGCGGCGGUGACUGAAAAGAAAGAAGAAGAGAGAGCGAUGAGGCGGAGCUCGGCCGAGGGCUCCGAGGAGACCAAAGCGCCGUUCAUCCGGAGGAAGAGGAGGAGCGCAGUCGAGGUGCGGGACCCGUCCGGGAGCAAGAAGAUCCCCAGCGACAAAAUCUUCACCGCCAUCGCCUCCAUGUUCCCUUACAAGGGAACCACGGAGGAGCUGAAGGAAAAGUACAAGGACCUCCUAGAACCGGGAAGUCCAGUUAAGCUGCCCCCCCUCUGCACUCCAAACCUGGACGGACCAUUUGCCAAGUCGGUUCAGCGUGAACAGUCGCUGCACUCCUUUCACACGCUCUUCUGCAGAAGAUGCUUCAAAUAUGACUGCUUCCUUCAUCCUUUUCACGCGACACCCAACGUGUACAAAAGGAAGAGCAAGGAGAUCCGAAUGGAGACUGACCCUUGCGGCGGCGACUGCUUCCUGCUACAGAAAGGGGCGAAAGAAUUUGUGGAUCAGAACAUGCUGCGCUCGCAGAGGUUUCGGAAGCGGCGCCGGCAGCAACAGCAGCAACAGCGUCCCGUCAGCGCCAGUUGCGCCGGACCGUCCGGGUCCGCCGAGGAGAGUAAAGAUGGAGAAAGCGACCAUGAAACCACGUCCUCCUCAGAGGGGAAUUCACGCUGUCAGACUCCCACCAAGCUGCGACUGGUCGAAGACGAAGCCGAGCAGCCGGUGUGCUGCGCGACGGAGUGGAGCGGUGCGGAAGAGUCGCUCUUCAGGGUGCUGCACGGCACCUACUUCAACAACUUUUGCUCAAUCGCACGCCUCAUCGGCACCAAGAACUGCAAAGAGGUGUACGCAUUUGCGGUGAAGGAAGCCCUCAUUCAUCGCGUCCCUCUGGAGGACGGAGGCAUCUCUCCGCAGAAAAAGAAAAGGAAGCACAGGUUAUGGGCAAAGAUUCAGCUAAAGAAAGAUAACUCGUCCAAUCAAGUGUACAACUACCAGCCAUGUGAUCACCCGGACCACCCGUGUGACAGCACCUGCCCGUGCGUGAUCACGCAGAAUUUCUGCGAGAAGUUCUGCCAGUGUGAGCACGAGUGCCAGAAUCGCUUCCCGGGAUGUAGAUGUAAGACCCAGUGCAACACCAAGCAGUGUCCCUGUUACCUAGCCGUGAGGGAGUGCGACCCGGACCUGUGCAUGACUUGCGGUGCCGCCGACCACUGGGACAGCAAAGUGGUGUCGUGCAAGAACUGCAGCAUCCAGAGGGGCCUCAAAAAGCACCUCCUGUUGGCGCCGUCCGAUGUAGCAGGUUGGGGCACCUUCAUCAAAGAGCCCGUGCAGAAGAACGAGUUCAUCUCAGAGUAUUGCGGAGAGCUCAUCUCGCAAGACGAGGCGGACCGACGAGGCAGAAUCUACGACAAAUACAUGUCCAGCUUCCUUUUCAACCUGAAUAACGACUUUGUCGUCGAUGCCACGAGGAAGGGCAACAAAAUCCGCUUUGCCAAUCACUCGGUUAAUCCCAACUGUUACGCCAAAGUGGUGAUGGUGAAUGGAGACCACCGCAUCGGGAUCUUUGCCAAGCGGGCCAUCAUGCAAGGGGAGGAGCUCUUCUUUGACUACAGAUACAGCCAAGCCGACGCCCUCAAAUACGUUGGCAUCGAGAGGGAAGUGGACAUGUCCUAG